AUGGCCCCUGACCUCAACUCACUUCCACCAUCAUCACCAUCUGCACGUCCACGCAUAAUGACCUCUUCUACCGGUAAUGGAGAUUCUGCUAUCCGCGGGGAAUCGGCAUCACCGUCCCCUCGGUCAGCAUCCACUUCACUGCAAGCAGCCGCAACUAUGAAUGCCGGCCUCCAACAUGAGCCUAUGAGACGCUCGUCGAGUAGCUCCCUUUCACGACACCGACAAUCACCACAGAUGGGCCGACGACGCUCCACAGUAUUGAUGAACCUGCAACUGAACGACCCGUCCGUCCCCGGCCCAGGCGAAAUGGUUUCGGAGGGAAGUGCCGGAUAUGCUACACUCAGCCCUCAGCUUACAGCCACCUCUCCUCUUCUCAUAGGGGGCGAUCCUCACCAUAACAGGGCCCCGAGUCUAGGAGAAUUACAUCAGGAGCUCGAGGCGGAGCAGGAAGCACAAGUGAACCGACUGUUGCUCAUGAUUCGUCAACAACAACUCCAAUUACAGCAACUUCAACAAGCACAAGGACAAAAUCCAACGAGCGUGGCUGCUGAGGACGCAACCCCGACCUCGGAGAGAUCAAGUUCUAUGACGCUUCCGAAUCCGGUUACACAACCACCAAUCCCCGCGCCGUCGACUUCUGUUCCUCGAUCACCCGUCUUCUCGCAUCCUCGUUCUUCCUUCGACAUCGCCCGCGAUGCUCUACACCGCAGAUCGAGAACACCAAGUCGCGGUGCUCCGUCUCCUAGAAUGAGAUCUACAUCCAUCAGUGGGGAGAGCGGGGAACCGCAUCUUUCCGGCGUUCGCGACGAAAGUGCUUACUACCAGGCCGAGACCCAGUCUUUGGUCCGCGAGAACCAGAUGUUGAGACAUAGAAUCAGGGAGCUUGAACGCCAACUGAGCGAGGCUCACGCCAACAACACAGCACUGACACGAGAGCCAGCUCACCACUCUCAACUUACACAAUCUACCUCGGUAUCCGAGGAAGAGGGGGCAGCAGGGCCAUCCUCUGGUCCUACAGCGUCUGCUAGUACGGCUCAACCUAUUGCGGUUUCGGAGACUCCCAAAGACGAAUGA